AAUAUUGGCUGUGCCAAGUUGUCUUUAUUUUUAGUUCGCAACAUAAAAGGAUAAAUGUGUAAAAAUGUAUACUUUUAGUCAUCUUUUAGAUCAAUUAGUUGAUAAUACAUUUUUUGCAAAUCAUGUAUGAGAUUAAGAUUUGCAAGACAAACAACAAAUGUAACAGUGAUAAGAUUUUGCAUAUGACUUAUAAUGUCUAUUUAACUAUUAUUUAGACUAUGAUCUACAUUUCCACAAUUAAAUAAAUAAUAUAUUCCACUCUUCUUGAUACCCUUUUAAACUUAAAAACCCAAGAGAAUUGAUGAGAGUACCAACAGCAUCACUUAUCUUUUCUUGUUUAUACAAGACAUAACAGAAAUUUGAAAAUAAAAUGAUGCUAGAAAAAUGAUCGAUAUUACAAAAAAGAUGUCUUUUCUAGUCGACACAAGUGAAGAUGAAACAGAUCUAGAGACUCCUAAGUACCUCAGGCGAAUACAAGUGAAUUUAUUGAAUAAUAAUAGUAAUACAUUAUUAUAUCUUCUAUAAGCAUUAUUUUUUCAACCACUUCAAAAGAAUUUUUAUAAAUAUGAAGUCAACUUCCUGACGAUAUACGUCUGAGACCUAAACUGAUUAAUAUUCAUCAAGAUGUUCAUAAUAUGAUUUUAAAUAUUAAUAAUAGUAACAAUUUAAAUGCUGUGAUUAGUGAUAAAGUGAUUUUAAAGAUGCCUUUAAUUAAUAAAACUCCAUAUUCCCAUGUACGAAAAUCUACAGAAUAUGGAACUAUUCAUCAUGAAAGGUCCAAUAUUUUCAUACAGAAAUCAUUCUUUCGAUAUUGCAAAUUAAUAUUUCUUAUUUGUUGCUGGGCAACAUUUACAUUACUGUUAAUGAUCAAGAAUGAAAAACACAGUGUGAUGCAUAUGCUAUCAGUGUCAAGUUCUCAAGUACACAAAUUUGUGAUCGCUGAACAGCUAAUAAGUAAUCAAGUUUCUCUGGAACUUGAGGGUCCAUUUAUAUCUCCCACGCAAACAGAUCAUACUAAUGCUAAUUUGUCAUCAUCCAGCCUUACUAUCUGGCUUGAGUUGAUUGAAAAAGAUAAAAUGAACAACAUGGACAAUACUAGUGCGCAAAUCUUAUCGACACCGUGGAUCAUAUCUAUUUCUUCUCCAGAGCUAAAUCUGACAUCUGUUCAAAAACAACAGAAAACCUUCGACGUAAAUUACAGCCUUAAUAAUCAAACAAACAUCACCAUUUCUGUAAAUUUAAAAACAAAUUUACAGAAGAGUUUUCCUGUUUCCAUUAUUUAUGAUUUAUCUCCAAUCAACCAGAAUGAUGGCAUAUUUUAUGGAACAAUAGUUCUCAUUGGAUUAUACAUAUUAAUUAUUUUCGACGUCAUUCAUCGAGCUUUUGCAGCCAUAAUUGCAUCCACAAUGUCUCUUGGAAUUUUAGCUUUGUGUAAUCAACGUCCUACGACAACAGAAAUAGUAUCAUGGAUUGACAUUGAUACUAUUUUACUCCUGUUUUCAAUGAUGAUUCUUGUGGCAUUAUUUGGAGAAACAGGAAUUUUCGAUUACUUGGCAGUGAUAGCUUAUAAAAUAACCGGUGGAAAAAUGUGGCCGUUAAUUUUUAUUCUCUGUUUCUUCACUGCUAUUAUGUCUUCUUUUUUGGACAAUACAACCAUGGUCCUUUUGAUGACCCCUGUGACCAUCAGGCUUUGUGAAGUCAUGGAAAUAAACCCAGUCCCCAUUCUCAUCACCACCGUCAUUUCCUCGAAUAUCGGAGGAACUCUGACACCUGUUGGAGAUCCCCCAAACGUUAUAAUCACAUCUAAUUAUAACGUAAUUAAUGCGGGUAUUAAUUUUAACACAUUUUUACUUCAUAUGUCUAUGGGAGUUAUUCUUGCAUUUCUAGUAGCUUGUGUUCAGCUACGGUUUUAUUUUCGAGAUCCUAAAGAUUUAGGAUAUGAUGAACCUCAAGACGUUCAAGAGUUGAGGCACGAAAUAGCUAUUUGGCAGAGAGCAGCAUCAAGUUUGUCAAAUUAUAGUCGAGAAGAAAAGCUUGUUCGUGAAAUUCUUCUUAAGAAAGUACAAAGAUUGUAUACUUCAUUAUCAAAUAAAUUGACAAAUCAUCAUGGACAGAUAGCAAAGUACAAAAUGACACUUGAAGAAUUACAAGAAAGAUAUCCUAUUCGAGACAAAUGGUUAUUAGUAAAAUGUAGUUUGGCUCUGAUGUUUAUCAUUACACUGUUCUUUCUACAUCAUUUGCCAUAUGUAAACUUGUCUCUGGGCUGGACGACCUUGUUAGGUGUUUUUCUUCUUCUCAUUUCAGCUGAUACAAAGGAUUUUGACGGCAUAUUGGCACGUGUAGAGUGGAGUACCUUGAUAUUCUUUGCGGCCUUGUUUAUCCUUAUGGAGGCGCUUUCACGAAUGGGAUUGAUUGCUUGGAUUGGAAAGCAAACUGAAUGGGUUAUUUUGUCAGUUAAUGAGGAGUCUAGACUUGCUACUGCAAUUCUUCUUGUUCUAUGGGUAUCAGCAUUAGCAAGUGCUCUUGUUGAUAAUGUUCCUUUAACAACCAUGAUGAUAAGACUUGUAAUCAAUCUAUCAAAAAAUGAUGAACUUGGAUUGCCUCUUCAACCCUUGGUUUGGGCCUUGGCCUUUGGUGCUUGUAUGGGAGGUAACGCUACUUUAAUUGGAGCUUCUGCUAAUGUUGUUUGUGCUGGAGUUGCUGAACAACAUGGAUAUCGAUUUACAUUUAUGCAAUAUUUCAAGAUUUCCAGUUAUGUUGAGCACAAUUUCAGUUGUUUCCAUUUAUCUGAUCAUAGCUCAUGUAAUUUUUCAAUGGCACUGAAGAAAAAUAUUUCUGAAAAAUAUAAAAAAAUAGCCAUAUAAUGAAUAGUUAAAAAUUGCUUUAUUUAUUAUCGUUUUUUGACAAAAUUUUUGUUUGAUAAAAAAAUUAUUAUUUUCCUAUUUAAUUAUGUGAUUAAAUAUAAAGUACAUACUUCAUUUAAAUAAAUAAAACAUUUGGAAAGAAGAAUUCUGCAGUAUCAGCGAGAAUGUUAUCUUCAUAAAUUUGUUUAAUGCAAACAUUGGGAAUCCCAGUGAAACAGUAUACCUGCAGGUGGCACUGACUGGUUGAAGUACUUUCUAAAAAAUUUUAAAUUGAUAAAUAAAUUUUCUUCAAUGAAGAACGAAUAAAUUAUAAAAUACAUAAAAAUGUCAUGAUGAUUUUUUUAAUGAACAAUAUGAUUUUUCAAAGAUUAAUAACAUGAUUUUCAUGAAAUAAUGGUCUUAUGUCCUUGAUUAAGAUAAAUAUCAUAGUUUAUAAUUUAUAAAUGCAAAAUCUAAUUUUUUCAUUCAUAUGAUUCAGUAGUAAGGAAAAAUUAAUAAAUAUUUAUAUACAAGUGGAAAAUAACGUUAUCCAGAUGUUUAUUGAAAUCAAUCAUUCAUUUUUCGACCUAGAAAUUUAGAGAUUUAAAUUGUUAAAUGACUUGACAUUUUGCAAAAUUCUAAAGCAGAUGAAUGGUUUAAAUAAUACCAUUCAAGCUUGUAAUCAGUUAAUCGUAGAGUAGUAAACAAAGUUUACAUCUGAUGAGAAAAUAAAUAUAUAAAAUAACAGAUAUAGUAAGUUAAAAUUAUGAAGUAAUUUAAAAUAAAUGACAAACAAUAUUUACUAAUGACUUUUAUGUUGGAUGAUUUACAAGAUGAUUUUUCUAUCGACAGCUAUAAAUAAUUAAAUUAUC